AAAUAUUUUAAGCCCCCUAAGAUUCCUUAUAAAAAGGUUUCAUUCUUUUUCUGUUGGGCUUAGCUUUGAGCUUUAUAACCCUUUCUUCCUUAUAAAAUAAAUAUGGCAAGAAAACAAUUGAAUACAAAGAAAAGAAACGUACAAGAGCAAAUUAGAAAAUUAAAGAAUGAAAUUGAAGAACUGAAACUUGAAAGAGAGGAGAACAAAAAAAGUGUGCUACAUUUUAUGCAAGAAGCAGAUUCUGCCCAAAAAGAGCUAAAAAAGGCUCAAGAAACAAUCAAACAAUUAAUAGAGGAUAAGAAUGAAGGUGCAUGUCAUGACAGCGUACAGUGUAUGGCAGAGAAGGCCAAAUUGGCUCAAGAGAUAGAUCAAGCAAAACAUAAGUGUAACACAGUACGCUCGGAGCUUGAAUGUCAGCGACGUACGUUUGAGCAACUGUGUCUGAGUGUAGAGCAAGAAAAGAUAGUGAUGCAAAACGAAGUAUCGUCGUUAAGGGAGAAAUACAUAUCAGCAACAGAGAGCAUAAGCUGCCUAGAGCUUAAGCUGGGUAAGGCAUAUCAAGAAUCAAAACAGUGGCAAGAAAAGUACGAUGACUUGUAUAUGAUACACGUCAAUAUAGAAAAUCAAAAGAAAGAGCUAGAAUAUAUAAAGGCAAGGGAAAUUCAAUUGAAGGCUAUGAAUAAAAUGCUAAGGAAUGAAAUACGAAGGAUGACAAAGGCACAAGACGAUGCUCUUAACCUUGAAUACUUGCGAAAUGUCAUUAUAAAAUUUCUGGAAUUGAAAACAACAAGAUCUCAACUAAUACCUGUCCUAUCUUCUUUACUACAAUGCACGCAUGAAGAUCAAACUAAAUUACAUCAAAUUGUACAAAACAACAUUAUUGCAUAACUAAUCUAUUUAUAUAUAAAAAAAAAAGAAUAAUAAA